AGCAUAUUUGCGUUUCUAUAUAUGUGCGCACUCCCAAUAUUAACUCUAUUGAGCGCAGGAAAGGAAGUUCAAACCUUACAAUUGGUUGGUUCUUCCUUCCUCCAACCUCAUCCAUCGGCCUCCUCUCAAGAGUGUAGACUCAUUCUUUUCUCUCUCUGUGUCAUCUCUAGCUAGCUAGCUUUUCCAUCUUUGAUUAGAAAUGAUGCCGCCGACCGUCUUCGCCUUCGCAUUAUUUGCUCUCACAUUCAUCGGCUCGCAGGCAAAUGCAGCAACCGUGGAGCACACUUUCCACAUAAGGAACCUAACCGUAAGCCGCAUGUGCAAGGAGAAAGUGAUCCUCGCGGUGAACGACCAAUAUCCGGGGCCGGCAAUAGAAGUUGCCGAGGGCGAUUCCGUUGUAGUUCACGUCAUCAAUGAAUCGCCGUUCGACAUGACGAUUCACUGGUAAUUAACUCAAUACAAU